AUGAUCGAGGACAUUGGCGUCCCCAAAAACGAAGUUGCGAAAUGGGUCGGAAUCACCUCGGCGGCGUCAGCCAGCUGCCAGGCCGCCAUGGCUGUGACCUGGGGAACAGUCUCGGACAGCGUCGGUCGCAAACCCAUCAUCCUGUGCGGCUUGACCUUCACCAUGAUUUUCUCGCUUAUGUUCGGCCUGUCAAAGUCUUUGGCAAUGCUAGUCGCUUCCCGUGCGCUGCUGGGCCUCAUGAACGGGAACGUCGGGAUCAUCCGCACCAUGGUAGCGGAGAUGGUUCCAGAGAAGGAGUUGCAGCCGCGUGCAUUCAGCAUUAUGCCGCUGGUUUGGACCAUUGGGAGUAUCUUUGGGCCGGCCUUUGGCGGUGCCCUGGCGCGCCCGGCGGAGAAGCAUCCGGGGACUUUCGGGAAUUGGAGGUUUUUCAAGGCCUAUCCGUUUCUGUUGCCUAACCUGGCGUCGGCUUUUCUGUUCGUUAUUGGGAUUACGACGGGGUGGCUCUUUUUGCAUGAAACUCUGGCUGCCAAGAAGCAUCACCGCGAUGUAGGCUUGCGGCUGGGUCAGAUGUUGACAGGCUCCUGCAGCUCUCGCAGAAAGGAGAUGUCCUACUCCGAGACGCAGGAGGAUGACGAAAGGACUGCGCUGCUGGGAAAGCACCGGUUCACAAAGAGCACGGCUGCUAAACGACCGAGCUGGAAGGAGGUCUUUUCUCCGCAAUCCACAUUGGUUCUUCUCGCCUAUGCCAUGAUGGCGAUGCAUAACAUGGCGUUUGACUCCCUGCUUCCAGUUUUCCUGCAUACGCCGAUCCAGAGAUUGGACGGGAAUCCCGAGGUGCGGUUGCCGUUCAAAUUUAUCGGCGGGUUCGGCGUCGACUCCCAAACAAUUGGCAUAUACUACACCUUGAUCGGUAUUAUCGGCAUGUUCGUUCAGUUCUUCAUCUUCCCAGUAGCGGCCAAGCGAUUUGGUGUUCUCAACUGCAUCAAAGUCAUUUCCGUCGCCUCCCCUGUCGUCUACCUCCUGACACCCUUCACUGCACUCGUACCAGCAUCGAUUCGGAGUUUUGUUGUGUUCAUGCUCAUGCUCAGCAAGCUGAUAUGCAGCAUCUUCAGCUUUCCCUGCUGCACGAUCCUCCUGACUAACUCCGCGGCCAGUCUCAGCGUGUUGGGGACUCUGAAUGGCGUCGGCACGAGUGUCAGUGCACUCGGAAGAGCAGCGGGACCUGCACUUAUCGGUGCGGCGUUUUCCUAUGGCGUUAACCAGGGCUACGUCAUCCUCCCUUGGUGGCUUCUGGCUUUCUUUGCUGCCUUGAGUGCGGUGCCUGUCUUUUGGGUAGAGGAAACAGAUGGCUUUCAAGGCGGCCAAGAGUCGGAAUCGGAGGCUGCGGAGGAUUGA